AUGCCCGAUCACGACGACGUCGCCGACACGGCAUCGACAACGUCUUCAUCGUCCUACGAUGACAACCGGAUCAAGGUAGUUUGCCGAGUAAGGCCGCCGGUGUCUCGCGAGACCCAUGGCGCGCGGACUCUCGCUCACCGCUGCGUUGCCGUCAGGGAAGACAAGCGCACGGUCACGCUCAACACCAAGCCUCAGGAGAAGAACUUCACGUUCGACUACGCGGCAGGCGAGGACUCCACGCAAGAGGAGCUAUUUUCGGAGGUUGGCAAGCCCGUCACGGAGGCGUGUCUGGAAGGAUACAAUGGGACCAUCUUCUGCUACGGGCAGACGGGCUCCGGUAAAACCUUCACGACGUUCGGACCCGGGGCGGUAAUGGAGAACCAUCUCACCCCCAGCGACCCCAAGUCGUACGCCCUCCGGGGGCUUGUGCCUCGCGUACUCGAGUACCUGUACGCCAACAUCGCGCGCCAGGUGGACAACGGAGGAGGCAAGGUGAGCUACUCGUGCAAGUGCUCCUUCUUCGAGAUCUUCAACGAGAAAGUCUUCGACCUCGUGGAUGAGAGCAACAGGGACAAUCCCAUGGGUCUCACUGUGCGGGAGGACACACGGAAAGGGGUCUAUGUCGAGGGGCUGAUGGAAGAGGAUGUUGAUGGCGUCGAGUCGGCAUGCGAGGUUCUCCACAGGGGCUUCCGAAACCGGCAUGUCGGGGAGACCGCUAUGAACCGCGAGUCGUCGCGGUCCCACGCCGUGUUCACCCUGGUGAUUCAGGCCACGGAGGUAGUGGAGGAGGAAGGACUGACUCGCUCGAGAGUUGCUCGGUUCAACCUCGUCGACCUUGCUGGCUCCGAGCGGCAGAAGGACACCCAGGCAAGUGGGGAGCGACUCAAAGAGGCGUCGAACAUCAACAAGUCCUUGUCCACCCUGGGCCAGGUGAUCAACGCCCUCGUUGAAAAAUCCGCGGGCCGAUUCCGCCAUGUGCACUACCGCGACUCCAAGCUCACUUUCCUGCUGCGGGACUCCCUGGGCGGCAACUCGAAGACCAUGCUCGUGGCCGCCCUGUCCCCCGCCGACCAGAACUUCGGGGAGACCCUGUCCACGCUCAAGUUCGCCCAAAGGGCCAAGAUGAUCAAAAACCAGGCGGUCAAGAACGAGGACACUUCGGGUAGCUUCGACGCCCUCAGGAAGGAGGUGACCACCCUUCGCCAGAAGCUCGCUGCCGCGCAGCAGCCCGGGAGCGGCGGCGGUAUUCCCCGAGCCAUUGCCGCCGGCGGAGAUUUCUUGGAAGUUUCUGGCGGUGGGGAAGGUGGCACCGCGGGGGCGGCGACCGGCGGUGUGGAUGGCGGUGCCUCGGAAGAGCUGCUGGUGAACGCGCUGCGGAGGGCGAGGGCCGCGGAGGAGGCACAGGCAGGCGCGAGCAGGAGGGUAGAGUCUCUCCUGGCCGCCGUGGAGAAGGGGGAGAAGGACGCGUUGCAGCUGAAGAUGAUCAUCAAGUUCCGGGACGGGACCAUCGCCGCGCAGAGGAAGAAGGACUCGGACCAGGAGCGGGCCUCCAUGGCCGACGAGAAUGCGCAUCUUCUCAAGCAGCUCGAGGGAGGGGUCAACGAGUCUGCUGAGGUGAGCAAGUGGCGGCUGCAAUGCAAGGAGGCCGAAGCUAGGUUGGCGGAACUCACGGGCGACAAUAGCGGCGACGUCAGGAGACUCGUGUGGGGAGUAGGCGACGAGGAAAGGUUUCGUGGCGAGCUGGACGAGAAGGUGCUGAGCCUUGUGGAGGAGAAGCGUCAGCUCACCGACGCGGCUGACGAGUUGGAGGAACGCCUCCGACACGAGUCGAGGAAGGCAGAGAAGCGACGGAUGUCGGCGGCUAACCGUGCCGAGUUGGAGGCCAAGAAGAUCGUAGAAAACGCCCUGCUAAGCAAGCUUCAGGAGGCUCAGCGCCAAGCGGAGGAGACGCACGCCGCCCUUGCCGUGUCCGAAGAGCGCGUGGCUGGUCUAGAAACGGAGAGGGCUCGCCAGGGAGCGGCGGUCUCCGCGCUGACCAAGCAGCUUCAAGACGCGAACAGACGUGAGGCGGAGGCGGUGCAGGACCGGGACGUGCGUCUGGCGGACCUGCAGUCGAAGAUCGGAGAGCUUUCUGAGGCGAAAGAAAGGGCUGUCACGGACGGGGGGAGCGAGCUUGCCUCGCUGGAAGUCAAGAUCGUCGGCUUCAUCAAAGACAACUCGGAGUUGCUUCGCGCCAACAAGGCCCUGGAAGAAGAAGCCGACGCGCUUGAUCUUAACUUGGAGCAACUGGAAGCGGAGAAGAAGGGUCUCGAGGAGAAGGCUGCUGCCGAAAGGGCCGAGGCGAAAUCGGCCAUCAAGAGCCUAGAGGAGCGCAUGCAACAGCAGCAGGAGGCUCAAGAGCGGGAGUUGGAGGACCACCAGGCCGAGAAGAGGUCGGUGAUGGAAGAUUUGGAGGAUGUGACAGAACGCCUGAGGUCCGCAAAGGAGGCUCACGGCAAGGAGGUUGACGAGCACCAGCGGCGCAGCAAUGACCUUCAGGAACGCCUCGUGGAAACCCGCGCGCUGAAGGGGCAGUUGGAGGGCCGGCUGAAGCAAGUGCAAGACGACUACGACACUCUCUCGGAGCAGGCGCACUUCACCCAGAGCCGCGCUCACGACCUCGAGUCCAGUCUGGAGCGGGCUGCCGAUGACCUACGCCGCGCCGUCGCCGCCGGCACCGCUCGUGCUUGUGUCGUUCAGGGCCAGCUCCGCGAGACCGAGGCCCGUCUGUGCCUUGCUGAGGAGGGUCUAGCCGACGCCGAGCUACGCGCAGAGGGUGAAGAGUUCUUCAAGCUCGCACAGGAGGCGAUUUCCAAGCAGGCGGGCGAAGUGUGCGCCGAGCGGGAUCAGCGGAUCGAGAGUCUGGUGGAGGAGUUGGAGACGUCUCGGGGGUACGCGGAUGGGCUCCGGGCGCUCCUUUCAGGGGCGGAGCAUGACGAGCGGCGUGGGUUGCCCGACGGGGUUGGUGCCAUGGUCGGUAGAGUGGAAACAGAGUCUCGCGAGGCGAUGGUCGGGGGUGCGGUGAUGUGCCGCGAGAUGAUGGAAGAGUAUGAGGCCUUGGUGGACCAAGUGUGUGGCCUCGAGCAGACGUUGGACGAGCUUGUCGGGGAUGAGGACAGGCUGGUCGAGGAAGUCUACGGCCUGCAGUACCGAAUCGAGGAGCUGGAGGAGAACGAGGCCGCCAUCACGUCCGACCUCACAAGCACAUCGGCCCAACUCGACGCCGCUAAGGCCGACCUCACGAGCGCUGCGGAGCAGCAGGUGGCCGCUUCCAACGCUCUGACGGACAAGGAAAAGGCCAACUGUAAUCUUAGGGAGGAACUCGCCGUGGCCGGGUCAACGGCUACCGAGCUCAAGGCUGCCAAAGACGACCUUCAUGCCGAGGUCGAGAAAACCAAGGGCGAAGCCCAGGAGUUGGGCGUCAAGCUGGAGGAGGUGCGGGACUCGUGCUUCGAUUACCAGGCGCGCGCGAUGAAGGCUGAAGGGUCCCUCGAGGGCCUGACGGCGGAGUUGUCUGAGGUGGAGGAGGAAAAGGCGGCGUGCUUGUCUCGCGAAGAGGCCCUCAUCGCCGCUGUAACCGCAAGCAAGAAGACGGCCGCCGCUAACGACGAGCUUGUGAGAGCAAAGGAGGAGGAGCUUCUAGCGGUCGAGGGGGAUCUGGCCGCGAGGAACGAGGAGCUUGCUGCCCUACAGGAGGAGUUCGCGGAGAUGAAGCUGGAGGUGACUACCACGGAAGAGAGGCUCGAGGAAACCAGCAAGAGGCUGAAAGAGGAGGCGGAGAGGGUGAAGAACUUGGAGGAAGAAGUUACUGUCGGCAGGGGGACCGUUCAGGGGCUCGAGGCAAAGGUGGAAGACCUUGAGGAGCAGGUGAAGGACAACAAGAAAGACCUAGCCGCGGCAAAGAAGGACCUCGGAGCGCAACAGAAAGAGCUGGCCUCUGCCGCGAGAAAGCUCGCGGCUUCUGAGAAGAAGGCCGGUGCGGCGGAGGAGGCCUUAGCCACCGCGGAGGCUAGGGCCAAGGAGGGUAGGGAGACUGAGGCCGAGCUGAGGGGGGCUAUCGCAGAGGCCGAGGUUGCGAGCAAGCGGGGGAUCGAAGCAGCGAGGGAGGAGCUCGGCGAGAUGGAGCAGCGGCUCAGCGCUGAGGUAGCGAAAACGGAAGCUUCCGAAGCCCGUGCAGAGCAGGUCGACGCUCUCAAGGCUGAGGUUGAGGACAUGGUGGCGAGCCUGGGCCAAGAGUUGGUUCAGCUGCGGGAGGAGUGUCGCCGUGCCGCUGACAGAUUGGAGGAGUCGGAGGCCGUACAGAAGGUUCACGCUGGCCGCGUGAUUGAUCUCAAGAAAGAGGUGGAGCGCCUGCAAGGCUCCACGAUGUCAGAGGAGGAGCGGCGAACCCUUGUGUCCGACGUGGAAUCGGCUCGCCUCAACAUCGCCGAGACCGAGCGUAUGCUGCAGGUGGCGACAACUCGCAACGCCUGUCUGGAGGAGGAGAUACGGGCGAUGAGAGGAGAGACCGAAGGCUACACGGCGAAGGUGAUGGAGCUGAAGGACGUUAACGCGUCCCUGGUGGGCCACAAGAACUCUCGACAGAAGAUCCAGCAGGUCCAAAAGCUUAAGGACGAGAACAAUCUCCUCUCGCGGAAGGUGAAGGAGCUCGACGACCGCCUCUUCAGCAUCAAACGCUCGGGCUGCGGUCCCGGAUGCGGACGAAACGCCCCCGGCAGCUCAGCCACAACCACAAGAGCUACUUCCCCCAGCGCUGGUGCUGGUGCCAGGGAAGGCGAAGCAUCGACGUCGGCCAAUUCCUCUUGGGCCGGGUCUCAGCAAUCAGUGUCCCCGACCCUCAAGUCGCGUGGCGGUGGCGACACGGGAGGGGGUGGGGAUAAGGUCGGCUCGGCCGGUAAGACCUACAACCUAAGGCGCAGGCCCAAGGUAGCAGAGGCUGCGUCGAACGCGGGGGCGGGCGGGGUAAGCACGAGGGGUAGGAGGAUGGGGCUAAGGGAUAUGACCAACGCCAACUAG